GUGACGCAACUCCAGAGGUUAAAGCAAACACAGGAGGAGCUGGAAGUGCUAAUGUAAUGGAGGAGCAGGGCAGAGACUUGUGCGGAGAAAUCGCGGCGUCUUCAGAGGCACAGCAAACCCGACUUUCGGGAAACUUUUAAGCGCAUCGUUACUUUGCUCGUACGAAUAUCUGUGAGAUCGGGUAUUCGCCUCUGCGGAAAAAAAAUGAGUUGGGUAUGCAAGGCCUUUGCGUGGCACUUUCUGGUAUUGCUGUGCAUUUACCCUCUCCAGAUGUGCUCCUGCAGUGGGAACACGGUCACUCUGCCUGAAACUCUGCUCUUCGUCUCCACCCUCGAUGGAAGUUUACACGCAGUCAGCAAGAGAACUGGCUCCAUAAACUGGACGCUAAAGGAAGAUCCCGUUCUUCAGGUUCCAAUGCAUGUUGCAGAGCCUGCGUUUCUGCCGGACCCCAACGAUGGGAGCCUGUACUACCUGGGAGGCAAAAACAACGAAGGACUCCUGAAACUGCCCUUCACAAUUCCUGAGCUGGUGCAGGCAUCGCCUUGCAGAAGUUCUGAUGGGAUUCUGUACAUGGGUAAGAAGCAGGACCUCUGGUUCGUGGUGGACCUGGUUACUGGAGAGAAGCAGCAGACCCUGACUUCUUCGUACGCAGGAACACUCUGCCCCUCCUCCUCCCUGCUCUACCUGGGGCGCACAGAAUACACCAUCACCAUGUAUGACACGAAGAACAAAGAGCUGAGGUGGAAUGCCACGUACUUCAAUUACGCCUCCACGCUGCCUGACGAAGACACGGAGUACAAAAUGUCUCACUUCGUGUCCAACGGAGACGGUCUGGUGGUCACCGUGGACCCUGAGUCGGGGGAUGUCCUGUGGAUUCAGAAGUAUAACUCCCCUGUGGUGGCGAUGUACAUCUGGCAGCGGGAGGGGCUGCGCAAGGUGGCGCACACCAACGUGGGGGUGGAGACCCUGCGCUACCUCACCUUCAUGUCCGGGGAAGUGGGGCGCAUCACCAAGUGGAAGUACCCCUUCCCCAAAGAGACCAAGGCCAAGAACAAGCUCAUGGCGACGCUUUAUGUGGGCAAGUAUUCCAGCAGCCUGUACGCCUCCCCCUCCCUGGUGCACGACGGGGUCACUGUUGUGCCUCGAGGCAGCGCCUUUCCCUUGCUAGAGGGUCCGAAAACUGCAGGCGUGACCAUCGGAGACCAAGAGGAGUGCUUCAUUACCCCCAGCACUGACGUCAAAUUCAACACAGCGGGCCUCAAGGAGACCGAUCGUAUCAACUACAUGAGGGACCACUGGCUGCUGAUAGGUCAUCACGAAACCCCCCCCGCGGCUCACACCAAGAUCCUGGAAAAGUUUCCCGAGAACAUCCCGCGUCACCCAGAGAACGUCAUUCCCACCGGGGCUGAAAAGAACAAAGAGGAGGUGAUCGACAUGGAAGGAGAGGAGCAGGAGGUUCAGGUUCCCAUCGUUGACCUCAUCGAGGAGAAGAUCCCCAAGCAGCAGAAGCUGGAAGCCCCCGUGGACUCGAUCAUGAAGGACAUGGCCACCAUCAUAUUCAGCACCUUCCUCCUGGCAGGAUGGGUGGCCUUCGUCAUCACAUACCCAAAGAACGUGCAGAAGCAGCAGCAGCUGCAGCACCAGCAGUUCCAGAAGCAGAUGGAGGAGAAGAUCGAGCUCUUGCAGAGACAGCAGCUCGUGUUCCAGCCGCCGCUCGAGCUGGGCCAGGAUCCCGACUUCCUGGACGUGGCCCCGCGCGCCCGCACCGAGAGCUCCGCAAACAGCAGCCCCCCCGCCUCCAACCACUCGCUGCACUCCAACCUGUCCCUGUCUGAGAUGGGCAGCUCUGCCACGGAGCACGACGAAGGAGAUGACGAUUCUAAUGAAGUGAGGGUUGGAAACAUUGCAUUUAAUCCAAAACAAGUGUUGGGCCACGGGGCUGAAGGCACCAUCGUAUACAAGGGCAGGUUUGAUAACCGGGGUGUCGCGGUGAAAAGGAUCCUGCCCGAGUGCUUCAGCUUCGCGGAUCGGGAGGUGCAGCUGCUCCGCGAGUCUGACGAGCACCCCAAUGUCAUCCGCUACUUCUGCACCGAGAAGGACCGGCAGUUCCAGUACAUCGCCAUCGAGCUGUGCACAGCGACGCUGCAGGAGUACGUGGAGCAAAAAGAUUUUGACCGCCGCGGUCUUGAUCCGGUUUCUCUGUUACAGCAAACGAUGUCCGGUCUGGCUUACCUGCAUUCUCUUAAUAUUGUUCACAGGGACCUGAAGCCCCACAACAUCCUGAUCUCCAUGCCGAGCGUGCACGGCCGGGUCAAAGCCAUGAUCUCGGACUUCGGGCUCUGCAAGAAGCUGGCAGUCGGCAGGCACAGUUUCAGCCGCCGGUCGGGGGUCCCUGGCACAGAGGGCUGGAUCGCUCCGGAGGUGCUGAACGAGGACUGCAAGGAGAACCCUACCUAUGCUGUUGAUAUCUUCUCCGCGGGCUGCCUGUUCUACUAUGUAGUGUCCGAAGGCAGCCACCCAUUUGGCAAGUCCCUCCAGCGGCAAGCCAAUAUUUUGUUGGGUGCUUCCAUGCUUGACCAGCUCCAGCCCAACAAUCAUGAGGGCAUUGUUGCUAAUGAACUAAUUCAGCAAAUGAUAAGCAUGGACCCCCAAAAGCGCCCGUCAGCGGAGUGUGUGUUAAAACACCCCUUCUUCUGGGGCUUAGAAAAACAACUGCAGUUCUUCCAGGAUGUGAGCGACCGGAUAGAAAAGGAGCCUCUGGAUGGACCCAUAGUGAAAGAGUUAGAGCGAGGGGGGAGAACCGUGGUGAAGUUUGACUGGAGAGAGCACAUCACUGUACCUUUACAAACAGAUCUCCGAAAAUUCCGAUCCUAUAAAGGAGGUUCAGUAAGAGAUCUCCUUCGUGCAAUGAGAAACAAGAAGCACCACUACAGGGAGCUCCCUGCGGAAGUGCAGGAGACGCUGGGGUCCAUCCCGGAUCACUUUGUGUGCUACUUCACAUCCCGCUUCCCCCACCUCCUGCUUCACACGCACCUCGCCAUGCAGAUCUGCAGCGAGGAGAGGCUGUUCCAGCCUUACUACUACACAGGGGAGUCGCAGCAGAGACACAGACACUCGCCCCUGCCGGAGACCAGCGACUCUCUGUGAGCGGCAUCGCCUCACUCCACAAAAGACAUUCCAGGGCCGAGGCUGAGCACGAUGGUGGAUUGAGUGAAGUGCCUUCGUUCCCUCGCAGCGUAUCUGAAGAAGGAUACGGGCGCGGACAGCCUGCUUUCUGCACUGCGCUUGUGUUUAAACUGACGGGGAGUGGCGGCGACAGUCCUGCUGCUAUUGCAGCAUUGACACCCUUUCAGGCCUGUUUUUAAACUUUUUUAGUUUUUCUAUUUUUUUCUUAUUAUAAAGCAGUUUGUGGAGCAUCAUGUACUAGCUGCUGCAAUGUUGGACAGCGAGAUGGCAUGAUGGGAAAAUCAAGCGUCGUUUUAUCAGCUGUACUGUGAAACGGGUCCCACAGCAAGGCCAUACUAACUCGGCUAUUUAAAGAAUAUAUAUAUAUAUAUAUAUGUAAAUAUUUAUAUUUUUUUUGGAAAGACUUUUUAAGCAUUAAGGUGCAACACUUUUUUUAACGUUUGUCCGUCAAAGAACGGUUUCUUUUUUUACUUUGCUCAUGAAGCUUAAACAUGAGGGUCCCUCCUACCCACUGAAGGGAAUUCACAUUGCUGUCACCAAAAUGGCUAUUGAUGACUUUCAGUAUUGAAAGGGUUAAUUUUUCUAUUUUUUUUUUUUUUGUGGAAAGUCCCUUGCAUGGCACUGAUCUCAUCUUUCAUGGUUUCAAAACAGCUAUUGUUUCCCUGUGUCACGUGACCAGUUACACCCUUGGUGAAUACCAGCCAGGGCUGUGUGGAUCACAGGUGCGUGUGCUUGUAUAAUCAAUCACUUCUGUAGCUACGGGUGUGUCUGUCACAUUCAAUAGGAACACAUUGUCAAUACCCUCAAAAUAAUAAACACUGAGAACUGCUUCAACAGUUUGCAACCUUUCCAAGUGGAAUUGCUUUUUUUUCUCGUGUUCUUGUCUAGAAGCUGGGCUUUUAGGUAACCCUUUCCUCAUCAGUGGCAUUCGCAGAUCACAGCGAGGGGUUGCCCUGUUUCCUGCCUCGUGCUGGUCGGAGGCAGAGGGGAAUGACUGGAGACUUUAUGACUCUAAUGAUCUCUACAGCGGCACUCCUUCAGAGCGUCUCUCCAAACCCUCACGCCUGCUCAGUUACUCAAUACUUUGUGUUGCAUUGUUGUGAUAUUCAUAAACUACCCCUCGGGAAAACACAAGCAGGAUUCAUAUAGAGUUGAAGGGUGGUGGUAUCUAAAAUUGUAGCCGAUUUUAAAAUAAACCAUUGAAAGUGUGUUGGGGUGGGGGCGACUUUUUAUUUUGUUUCUGUAUAUGCAUACACCAAAGUGCCAGAUUAUGUUUGGAAUGUGCAACUAGGGUUAACACAGGACUGUUUUCAAAACGUUGCAUUAACUAGGAAGGUAGUCCUGUGUUUAUGUGUUUUUUUUUUUUUUGCUAUUCACACAUUGUAAGAGGAGUUGUGUUUUUUUGUAAGUUUACUGUAAGCGCAGUAUUUCUUAGUGUCCUGGUCUAUUUGGACUUGGUGCUGGGUUUCAGUAUGGAGGGGAUGGGGGGGCUUAUUUUAUUGUAAGCCCAUUGUUGGAUAUCCAGUGCUGUAGAAACACAGUUCAUUUGAAUGGGGGUACUUGGCUUUUAGACGCUGUUUAUUUUUGUUCAGAUUAAUAAUCAGAAAGCAUCUUUUUUUAGGAACUGCCUAAAGCAUAUUCUCUAUAACAAAGCUUUUUUUUUUUUUUUUUCCAAAGCUAACUUUUUUAUUUAUUUAAGCUAAAUUUUCAGAAUGUGCUCAUUUCUGCAUUGCCAUCUUCUCUGUAUCAGUAAGUUAUAAUGCAUCAUCAUUUUCAAAAUGUGCUCAUUUCUGCAUUGCCAUCUUCUCUGUAUCAGUAAAUUACAAUGCAUCAUUAUUUUUAGCUUGUUUGUGGUGCUGCUGAGAUGCAAGUGGUUCUUCGAGGUAAAAUGCCAAAUAAUCAAAUUGUGUUAUAAGUUGGGGGCCUCGGUGGCUUGGGAUGAUCAGAAUUCUUACCAAUAUGUAACCAUGAAAACUUGUGAUUUUUUGUAUUGUUAUAUAUAAACUGUGUGUUUUCUAUUUGCACUAAUUGUUGUGGAAAAUCUGUCGUUGGAAAUUGAAAUAAAUUCUGUGCAAUUUGUA